AUGGUGUCUUCACAAAAACGUUCAGAAAACGUUUCCGUUUCAACUUACUUCAGAACAGAAGCACUGAAUGAAUGGAUCAAGAACAUUAGAUCUAAGAAAAUUUUUAAGAAAAGACAAUCAAAAGGCCAAGAUUUAAGGGCUAUUGCAAUCUUAACCCACACUUUACUUGAAAAUCAAAAAGUGUUACGUCAAAAACAGAAAGAAAGGUCACAAAGAUGGACGGAGCUUAAAAAGACUCUAGAAAAUGGCCAUAAUAAUGAAAAUUGUGAAUUUUCUUCGAAAAGUGAUUUAACAAAAGCAAAAGAAGAUGAACAAAAGAAAAAUGAGAUCAAGGCUUUGUGGAAGGAAGAACUAGACGAUAUAGAUAAUUUUAUUAACGAUCUCAAUUCAAUUAAAACAACAUUAGUUAGAUAA